AUGAAAAACAACGUCAAAAAAGCCAAAUCGGCUGCAUCACUUUCACUAAAUACUGUCCAACAACGAUCGUCUGUUGAUAAUAAUGUUAAUAAUGGUAUGGAAAGUGGAACAUUACCUCCAGCAACAAUGUUAUUACAUACAAAUGAAUCUCAUCAGCAAAUUUCUUCAUCUGAUUCUCCAAUGAAUCAAUAUUCUGAUAUAUAUGUUUCAAGACAAGCAGUACAAACAAAUAAUAAUAAAACGAAUAAAAGAAAAUUAGAUGAAUUAAUUGAUCCUUCAUCUGUCGAUUUCGAUUCCUUAUCCAAUUUGAAACCACAAAAAACUGAACAAAUAGACUCUGAAAGAUCACAUAGUAGGACAGGAACUCCUUUAUCAAAUGGUCUCCCGUGUUCAUUAACACCAUCACGUAAUGGUAAUGAUAUCGGCCAAGUAUCAUAUGAUUUUGCUCCAUCAAAUCAUAAUACUUGUAGUAAUACACCUAAUUCAUUAUUACUGACACGUCAAACACCACCACCACCACCAUCUUUACAUCAACAACAACAACAAUCUUUACUCCCGCCACCACCAUCGUCAUCAUCUUAUAUGUCUAUGUCACCGCGAAAUCAAUAUACUAUAACCAGUGAUAGUCCAUAUUUACAAACGAGUAAUCAAGUCUUUGUAUUUACAACACAAUUAGCUAAUGAAGCAGCAGAUUCUGUAUUAAAAAAUGAACAUCCAAAUAUAAUUGAAUAUCAUAAAUCAUUGCCAAGUACUGCUCAAUAUGUAUCUUCUCUCUCAAAUAACAAUCAUAAUUCAACACUUGGCGGUCCAAUGCAUAUGAAUCUACCACCCGGAUGUCAUUCGCCUCGAACUAUGCAAAUGAUGAUGCAUGGUCCACCACAUCAUAAUCCGCAUUUACAAAUGCAUAAUGGUGGCGGUGGUCCACCACCACCAAAUUGGUCACAUCCACAUUUUCAUCAACAACAACCACCUUUCGGUCGUCUAACGCCUGGAUCUGGUGGUUUACCUCCACCCAAUCAUCUUUUACCUCCAGGUGCACUUAUGAUGAAUGGUUCUCCACCACCUGGUAUGCGUAUGGGUGGUAUGCAACCCAUGUCGGGUAUGGGUCAACCACCAUCAGAUGGUAUUGAAAAUUUAACACCUGAACGAGCAAUACAUCGAAAGCAUCAAUUAGAUAAAAUACAAGAAAUGAAAACAAAAAUUACGGGUGGACGUGGUCGGGGUGGAAGAGCGAAAGCGAAUGCAGCUGCAGCUGCUGCUAAUGCUAAUAUGCCACCAUCAAUGAACGGUGGUCCACUUGAUCCUCAUCAACAACAAAUGAUGAUGAUGAACAGUUCACACGGCGUUGGUCCACCACACCAUAUGAUGGGCAUCGGACCACCGCCACCUCAUAUGUUACCGCCAGGUAUGCGAGGACCACCUGAUGGAAUGAUGCUUGAUAUGAACGGUCCACCACAUGGAUAUAUGAAUGGACCAAUGCCACCUGGUUUUCAUGGACAAUAUGGACCAGGUCCAGGUGAUCCAUACGGACAAUUAGCACCACAUCAUCCACAAGCACAAGCAGUUAGAGAGUGGACUAAAAUGCAAAUGGAACAUCUCGAAGGAAAAGCUCAUCAAAUGCGCGGACAGCCACCACCUUAUUCAUUAGCAUCACCAUCAUCACUAACACCUCCCAUAGCUACAACAUCAGGAGGAGGCAAUUUAGGACCUAAUGGUAAACUACUUUCACCUAGAAUGGAAUCGUCCACAGUGCCACGUUUAUUUAAAGUUGGUCAACCAGAAAAAUUCAUUCCAGAUCCAUUACCAUCAUCUGCCAAUAAGAAAUUAACUGGUAGUAUUGGUGAAGUACAAUUAACUGCAUCACCAACACAAAUGGAUUAUAAUGAAUUUGGUGUGGAAGGAGAAGAAUUAUUAAUAACAAGACAUUUAAAUCGAGGCUAUCGAUCUGGCACUGGACCAAGUGGUGGUCCAUCAUCAUCAUCAUCAUCAUGUAAAGAUGAACCAAUGACACCAUCAACACGUUCAACUUCAACACCUAAUAAUAAUAAUAAUAAUAAUAAUAAUAAUCCAAAUACAUUAUCAUUCGGACAACAACAACAACAGCAACAGCAACAGCAACAGCAACAGCAACAGCAGCAGCAACAGCAACAGCAACAGCAGCAGCAACAACAACUACAACAACAGCAACAACAGCAACAACAGCAACAACAGCAGCAACAACAACAACAACAAUCCGGUUCAACAACGCCUACGCAUCAUUCACAAGGUAUUACACCACAAAGUGUUCCAGCAGCAUCACCACGUUCAUCGAAAUUAACAGGAAAUAAUAAUCUAUCGUCACCAUUAAUGAUUACAAAUUCAACGAAAGAUGAACCGCUCGAUAUGAAUGGUGACCCUAAAACGCCAACAUCAAACAUGGCACCACCAUUAAGUAGUAUGCUUCAAAUGACAAAUAGUUUACAAUCAUCGAAUUCACCAUAUAAUUCAUCAAAUAAUCAACCAUCAAAACAAUCGUUAAACAAUCCAAAUCUUGGGCAUAUGUCAAAACAAAUGGAUCAUAUGAAUUUACCACCACAACACAUGCAAUUUCAAAAUAUGAAUCCCCAUCAUCGUAUGUUUGGUCCACCAGAGCCAAUGCCUCCACAAUUUAAUCCACAUCAUCCUGGAAAUUUACCCCCACCACAUCCACAUAUGUACAAAAUGAUGCCUCCACAUCAUGCAAUGGAUCCUAAUGGAAUGAUGAUGCAGCAUCCCGGUGGUCCAUCACGUUCAUCAAAAGGUUUACCACCUCCACCGCAGUCUAUGUCUGAUCAAAUGCAACAGCAUCUUCAUCAUCUACCUCCGCCAAAUUAUGUUAAAAUGCAUCAUAUGGAUCCAUUACUUGGCCCACUACCUGGUCAUCAUCAACAGCACAUGCGAUUUUCACCUAUGAUGGAUGAUAACUUUAGUAUGGGACCACCACCUCAUCAUCAUCCUCAUAUGCAUCCAUCACAUCAUCAAAUGCAUCCACAUAUGCAUCCAUCACAUCAUCAAAUGCAUUUAAACGAUGGUCGACCACUACCACCACAAUCAAUCAAUAAUACUUAUGUUUCGGCAACAAUGUCUAUUCAACAAUUGAAUAUUCAAAGUUUAGGUCCCGGUGGACCACAAGGUGAACUUCAGCCAGGUACGAUCCAUUAUCAUGCACCAUCAGGAAAUAUUUCUGAUUCUCAACAACAACAGCAACAAUUUUCACAAAAUGAUUCCCAAUUUUCCUCACAGUUCAAUGAUUUACAAGCACCACCAUCAAAUCUAAGUUCAGACGGUGUACAGCCACCACCUUAUUGGUGA